CCUACGGUUACUAUCUAGUCACUAUCUAGUAUCAUCCAGGUGGUCAGCCCAUUGGCUCACUCCUUCCCCCCCUGCCCUGUUGGCCAUCUCGCACAAGUCCCGACGCUUCAGGGUUGGCGCGUUGCCAAGCACCCUUCCUUGGAGCUGCCUGUCUGUGUGCUGUCCCCUCCUCUCAGCCGCUCACUCGCGCCUCCGCUCUCUUCCUCCCGCUUGGAGAGCCAGCUACACCCCCUUAUCCUUACCUCGGUUGAAAUGCUAGAGUACAUCGUCCAGUAUGACAGAAACAAAGAUGCAGUUGGAAGACUGGCUGGAUGAUUUGUGUGUCCGCUUCAUUAUCAACCUACCACGAGAGGAGCUAGAAUCGGUCGAGCGGAUCUGCUUUCAGGUCGAAGAGGCACAAUGGUUCUACGAGGACUUCAUUCGCCCGCUCGACCCGGCUCUGCCGUCGCUGUCCCUCAAGGCCUUCGCCUUGCGCAUCUUUCAGCAUUGCCCGCUGAUGUCCCAAUGGUCUCACUACCACCACAUCACCGCCUUCUCUGAGUUUCUGGCCUACAAGACCCGGGUUCCCGUGCGCGGGGCGAUCAUGCUCAACCACGACAUGGACGAGGUGGUCCUGGUCAAGGGCUGGAAGAAGGGCGCCAACUGGAGCUUCCCCCGGGGCAAGAUCAACAAGGACGAGAAGGACAUCGAUUGCGCCAUUCGCGAGGUCUACGAGGAGACCGGCUACGACGUUCGAGAAGCCGGGCUGGUUCAAGACGAGGCAGACGUCAAGUUCAUCGAAAUCACCAUGAGAGAGCAGCACAUGCGGCUCUAUGUUUUCCGCGGUGUGCCACAGGAUGCUCAUUUUGAGCCGCGUACGCGAAAGGAGAUCAGUAAGAUCGAGUGGUACAAGCUGUCGGAGCUCCCAACGUUGAAGAAAAGCAAACAACAGGAUCAGGGCAUCGUGGCCGCGAAUGCCAACAAAUUCUACAUGGUGGCCCCGUUCCUGCACCCGCUCAAGAAAUGGAUCGCCCAGCAGAAGAGACUCGAGGGCAAGGCCCCGGGACUUCCGAAGCAGCUCGCGCUCCAUGAAGGGGAGAUGUCAAUGGACGAAGCCUCUCAUGCCAUGCAAAGUUACACGCCGAACCAGGCUGCCGCCGAGAUGGCUGGCCCAAGUGACUUGCCCGAAGUCGCCUCGACCCAUGACGCCUCUGCCCACCUCAAGCGCCUUUUGAACAUUAACGAUCUCGUUCCGUCGCUGAAUCCCGCGCCCUCUGUGGCCGCAUUGCCCGGCCCUGGCCCCAAUGCACUGAAAUCCAAUGCGCUUCUAGAGCUGCUCCGGAGCGGUUCUCGCGAAUCUGUCCCGCAAGUUCCCAAGCCCGAACAGAUUUCCCCGCCGCCUCCUGUGGCGGGACCCAUGCCCCCGACGAAUCCACCCUAUCCCGCUCCCGGCUUCUUCCCGGGCUUCCCUCAGCAGGGUCCUCAUGUCGCCCAUCCUGCAGGCCUACCACCAUUCUCACAGCCGUACCACGGGCCUACCCCGCAUCUCCCGACCUCUAUGACCAGCGAGAUGCCUCCUGGUCCGAUGAGGCAGGGUCCUCCUCUGGCGGCUCCCGCAAACCCGUCGGCCAACCUCUACGGAAUGUUCCCUCCUCCGCAAUUGCCUGCAGGCCUCUACAGGGACGAAGCUUUGCAGUCAAGGCUGCCUUCCGCACCGCGGAACCAAGCCACUGGUCCGGCUCCCUACCAGCGAACUGGCGACCCUCAGUUCUCUCACUCGGCUCAACCUUCCCAGGUUCAGGGAGCGACAGUGCCCCCGGCGAGCAAGUUGCCUCCGCCAAAGCUUACCAGUCACUCUUUGGCGCUCCUUAAUGUUUUCAAGGAUGAAUCUCUGAAGACACCAAAGACUGCGACGGCGACUCUAGCGUCACAGUCUGGGGCAGUUCGCACCAGCGAACGAAAGCCAUCACAGCAUCAAGACCAGCUACUUGGCUUGUUGAAGGGGUCGCCUAUUCCUGCUAUGUCCCCGGCCAGGAAACAGAUUCUCCAACGAACCCGUGGCGAGUACAGCCCAGUCCGGCAGCCCGUUGCUGAUCGAAAUGCGGCCCCUUUCACGGCCAACCCACGGACCUAUACGGCGACGGCGUCUGGCCCAUCAGCAAAUGUAUCGCAACCUGGACCUCCGAAAUCGUCUGCGAGGAAAGGGCCGAACGGAUCAUCUCGGAAACCGAGCAGGAAUGAGCAGUCGCAGACCCUUGCGUCCCCUAUAACGAUAUUGCCGAGGCCGCAAUCCCUCAAGAAGGAACCAUCACCGUUACCCGCGGUUUCGCAGCCCUCCCGGCCUUCGCCCCGGAGCCGUGCUGCUAAGCCCAGAACUCCCGAGCCGGCCAAACCAUUCCAGCCGCAAAUCCUUCGCCGCUCUGACAACCCUCAUGCCAUCGAUCUUCUGCCCAUCCGGCCCAAAAUCGUGGACACUCACGAUCAGCAGGAUGCCGCUCGGGCUGUCAGCUCCCCGCCGCAGGCCCAGGCCCAGGCCCAAUCAAACUUCGAUCGCCGGCCGAGUCAAACCCCUGCCCAGAGGGAUAUGCUUCUAUCGCUCUUCGGGAAGCCCGCUGCUUCCCCUAGUAUUUCACCCGCGGAGCUCAGCAGCUCGUUCCAGAAGCCCUCCCAGACGUCCUCGGUUGUGAGCCCACUGUCGCCGUUGAACCUUCAUGCCAUGCCUACAUCGGGAACUGCAUCCAACAUGAUGCGCCCCAAUCCAUCUGCACGCACAGCAUGUGCGCGCUGUAUCGGCCACGGCCGGUCUCUCUCAACAACCGCCCAGCGCAGCGCCCAACCCGCCAACCCCCCUCCCCCGCCCGCCGCCGGCUAUGCUCGUCUCACCAACCGGGGACUGAUCUCCAUCACCGGCAUCGACAGUACCACGUUCCUCCAGGGCCUGAUCACCCAGAACAUGCUCGUGACGAACGAUCCGCACCGCGCAACCCGUCGAACCGGCUCCUACACCGCGUUCCUGAACUCCCAGGGCCGAGUACUCAACGACGCCUUCAUCUACCCACUCCCGCAGGCGGACGGCACCCCCUCAGAAGAACUGUCCUGGCUCGUCGAAGUGGACAAGAACGAGGUGCCGACCCUUCUCAGGCAUCUCAAAAAGCAUAAGCUCCGCGCAAAACUGAAGCUCCGGGCGCUCGACGACGGAGAACGGACCAUCUGGUCCUCUUGGAAAGAUCACAGUGAACCCCGGUGGGCGGCAUACAAUCUGGACUCGCAGUCGUUCUCCCCGUUCUCCUCAUCAACGUCUACAAUCACUGGAUGCAUGGACACCCGGGCCCCGGGGUUCGGGUCGCGUCUUGUGACGCCCGGCGCGGAGGAUCUCAAGACACAUCUGGCGGAAGAAGCGGGGGAGAUUUCCGGGUCGGAGGUCGAUCUGGGAUCCUACACUGUGAGACGCAUCUUGCACGGAGUGGCGGAGGGACAGUCAGAGAUCCUUCGCGAGUCGUCGCUCCCGUUGGAGUGUAACAUGGAUAUGUCGCGGGGGAUUGAUUUCCGCAAAGGCUGCUAUGUGGGCCAGGAGCUGACGAUCCGGACGCAUCACACCGGCGUGGUGAGGAAGAGAAUAUUGCCGGUGCAGUUAUACGAGGAGAGCCAGGAGGCUGUUGCAUCGGCGGAUGCGCCUGUGUAUGACCCCUCCGCGGCGCUGUCCCUGCCGCCGUCGGGAUCGAAUAUCUCCAAGAUCAGCGCGCGCAAGGGUCGCAGUGCCGGGAAGUUUCUUGGUGGGGUGGGGAAUAUCGGAUUGGCGCUGUGUCGGCUGGAGAUGAUGACGGACAUUGCCCUGACAGGGGAGGGUACCCAGUACAGUCCUGGGCAGGAGUUCAAGGCCUCGUGGACCGGGGCGGAAGAUGGAGGCCCGGAGUCUGGCGAGGUUAGGUUGAAGGCGCUUGUUCCGGCGUGGACAAGGGAGCACAUCUCGUCGGGCGGAGUGAAGCAAAAUCACGGUCGCGACCAUGAAGCGGACGCUCGACGGGCGCGAGAGCUUCUGGAGCAGCUGGAAGAGGAGGAAGAGUCACGACGGAACGAAUGAAUGGAUUCCAUGCCUGUAUCAUAGAAGAAUUGUACACUAAGCGAGCCUGUAUAGAGGGAUGUGCGAAUGGGAACAGAUGGUAUCAAAUUUAAGGGUAUCUCUAUG